GCUUAAACAGACUGUGUUUAAGUUCAUCGACUGAAGACACCGUACGAUAUUGGAGAAUGCAUAACACGUUAAUAAAAAUGACGACAUAAUUAUGAACAACACAGCUGAAUUUUGACUUUUUGAAGCACACGUGUUGAGACGGUUGAUAGCGUUAACGAUAAACCACAAUGUCUUCCGAUACGCCGUCAGUCUGUACAGACAUCAGGAAUUCAAAUAAUCACCAAGACCUAGAACCACUGUCAGUGGCCGCUUUGAACAAAUUCGAUAUCUCAAAAUCCAUUUCUGGAACAUACCAAGAACAUUCAAAUUACAACUCUCAUGAAAGUUUCACUAAAAGCGACAACACAUUAGUGAAAAUGCCAGUAAAUGGCGACAGCGACGAGUGCUGUAGGAUGUGCAAAAGCAACCGUGGAACCUCAUUUUGUACAAAAUGUGAAUGUCUUGUGUGUGACAACUGCAGAGAAAUGCAUAACGAUACUCACAGCCCAGAGUGUAUGUUUAAAGAUAAUCAGGACAUAUUUUUCUGUUCAAUUCACCCUCAAUCAGAAUUGCUAUUAUUUUGCAAAGGCGUUAAAUGUCAAGAGCCAAUAUGUUCGAUAUGUCACCAGACACGUCACAGGGGUGACGGCCAUGACGUAAUAACACUGACUCACAUUGCUUCCGAACACAGAAAAGAGCUAGAUGAUAUUGUUAGUGUUGCUCUCAAGAAACACCAGCCGGCGGCUAGAUAUCAAAGCAAAAUCCGUACUGCCAUAAAGGCUCUUAACAGCAAUGCAAAUCAAGCAGUAAUUGCAAUAGAAACGCUGUACCAAGACUUGCGCGACGCACUGACGAAGUUGGAACGCGAAGAACACGUUCGUGUUGAGAUGUUCAAAAAGCAGACAAUGCAGCAGCUCGAAGCCGAAGAACAGAGAGCCAAAAUGAUGAGCAAGCGUCAUUCGGAUAUUAUUGAUUACUUCCUUCCUAUUAUUAAGUCAAAUGAUGUUGAUAUGGAACUGGCAAGAAAAACAGAAAAGCCAGUUCUUGACGCUAUCCUCAGAGAAGACUUCAAAGCCGAGCUGCAGACUAAACACUAUAUUGAGUAUGAAAUUAACCCAUUUGAAGUUGACAAGAUUAAGAAACUUCUUGCAAGUGCUAGAAUUGGUCAGUUACUUAUGAAUAUUACACCAGGCAGAGUUAGCUUUGAGAUACCCGCCGUGGUUCUUCGUGGGUUUGACGUCACGAUUAAAAUUAAACCUGCUCAUACGAGAGGUGUGUGCAGGAUGGGAGGACUUCUCUUGCGGUCAAAUGUAGCUGCGCCUGAUGGAACAUUCGUCAAGAUUGUUGAUGUCACUGACAAUCUAGACGGCUCGUAUUCGAUUAGAUUCAAACCUCAUAUCCCGGGAAGUUUCAAGAUGGCUGUCAAUAUACAGGGAUGUCCGAAGGAACCAGCAGUUGCAAUCAUAGAUGUCUUAACUCUUGGUAGCCGGACGAGAAAUAUUGAAGGAAUAGAGCUCGGAGACAUUAUGGAACUCGUCUUUCUGUUUGUCAAUGACAAGGACGAAAUAGUUGUAGACAAUAGACUUAAAACACUUGACUUAUAUGCUCUUUGUGUCGGUCCUGACAAUACUCGUAUCCCAUGUAUGAGUGAUUGUAUGAUCGAGGGCGGACGUCAAAUGUUGUUUAAGCCAUCGCAAGUGGGUCGCUAUCAGAUAUUUUCUUCAAUGAACGGUUUAUUAGAGGAACAAACAUCUAAGAUAAUUUAUGAGACAAUUAUAAAAGACAUCAAAGGAAUUGGUAGAAUAAGUGGUGUUGUUGGAAUAUGCUCUAAAAUAUUUCUUCUUGACAGUAUUGACAAUGAAAGGGUCAUAGAAUUUGAUCUGGAAGGAACACAUGUCCAAAACAUAUCGAUCCAUGGAAAGCGUUUUGAAGAUUCGUUGAUAACUAGUAACGAAGGUAGUAUUUAUUUAAUAUGUUCGACUAGUAAGACGACAAAUAGUGGUUAUAAAUUGCAUGUGUAUGAUCAUUCGUGGAAUUUGCAGAAGUCAGUUGUGCUAGAAGGAGUAUCAAAAGCUAGUGGGAUCACAGUGAGUUGCUCCAGUGACGUUCUUGUGAGUGAUCUAAAUCUUCAUUGCGUACAUGUCUUUACACUUGAUAGUGGAAAAGCUAAACGUACCAUAGGCCAUGAAGGAUCUGGAGUAGGAGAGUUUAAAUGGCCAAGUGAUCUAUGUAUCAAUAUUAAGGAAGAACUGUUAGUCUGUGACGCGGGUAAUCGUAGGAUUCAGGUAUUGGACGUUGAGGACAAUGUUAUAAGGCUCUUCGAUUUGCGACAUGGCUUCGAGGGAUGUUGCGAUGCCAUUACCGUGUCACCCGGAGGUGUGAUUGUAGCAUCAGAUACCGAGAACAAGUGUAUUAUCCUGGCAAAUAUGUGGACUGGCGAUCUAUUGCACACUAUACCUAUGCCAUGUGCAUCUUAUUGUCGAAAUAGACACCGAAUUGCCAACAUUCCCUGUGGAAACACUGUCAUAAUGUGUGAUGGUACUGGCACCAUUGUGAAUCUAGGUAUAUUACAAAACAUAGACAGUUCAAAAGUGCAUCAAUAAUGAUAUAUUGACUAAUAAAUUAAAAGAUAGGUGUCCAUGCUUAAUGUAACUUUCCCAAAAGAAGGUUAGUAAUUAUAACAUUUAUUAAGUUGAAGGCCAAUUUUUAUCUCCAGUUCUCGCAAGUACCUGGAAAUUAUUCAUCUGCCAAUUGUAGGCAGAACCGUUUCCCAUUGGCUUAUAAUUUAUAUAAUGCAGUAUGUUUGAAUGAUGUUGGAUAAAAUGCAGUGGAAAAAAGAAUACAGGCAUGUUUACAAGCAUUUAAAUGUAAGAAGAUGAUCAGCAGCAAUGUGGCUUGAAAAUCAAGUAAUAAAACACAAUGGCAGAAGAGUCAUCAUUUGGUUGAAUUUCUU